AUAAAAAUUCGUCGUGGGUUCGGGCCCCGUUGCUCACCUAGAUAUCAGAGUGCACACCCCUCUCCUCUCGCUCCCGUCAGGAACACACUCCUCCCCUCACUCUAGAAAGAAACACUCUCCUCUUCCCUCCUAGCUACCGUCAAGCCUCAGCUCCAUCGCCACACGUUUCUCACCUCGAAAGGUCGUGUGCCAAGAUGCUGGUUACGAAAGUAGUAGCCGCCGUCGCUGCCCUGCUCCCUACCGCUGCGCAUGCGGAGGGCCCCCUCUCGUCCUGUCCCAAUGUACCGCCCAUUCGCUACCCCUUUAAUCUCGCCCCAGGUUGGUCCGCGACCAAGGUACUGGGCAAAUUGACCUCGCCUCGAAGCUUGGUUGUUGAUAGUGCUGGACGCCUCUUGAUAGUUGAGCAGGGAGUUGGCGUCAGUCAGCACCUUGUAGACCCCGAUGGCUGCGUGGCCGGCUCUCGAAAUCUGAUCUCGCUGCCUGCCCUGAGCCAUGCGAUCUAUCUCGCCACGGAUCAGAAGGUUCUAUACGCAAGCUCGCCGACUACCGUAUUCGCCUGGACCUAUGACCCGACCUCGGGCGACGUAGGCGGAUCCCCGCAGGUUGUUGUCAGGAGCAUGAGCAAGGACGGGCACCAGUCUCGGUCGCUGAUUAUCCCGCCGGACCACCCGGAAAUCCUGGUUGUGUCCCACGGCUCCGACAAUAACAUCGAUCCCACCACCUCCAACCCUCUGACCGGACGCGCCAUCGUCAAAGCCUUCAACAUCACAACCUCCCCAAGCACUGGUUACAACUUUGUGUACGAUGGCUGGUGGGUCGGGUACGGCCUACGAAAUUCCCUCGGGCUGGCUUUAGACCGUAACAAUAUGCUUUGGGCCGUAGAGAAUAGCGCUAGACACCUUACUCGCGAGGUUCAGGGCAACGUGUCCGACAUCAACCAGGGAAACCCAGCAGAGGAAAUCAAUUUUCUGGGCGACGUUUCCGUACUCCAGUACACGUGGUUUGGUUUCCCCGUGUGCUAUACAGUCUGGACACCCAGUAAAGCCAUCAUGCGGAACGAGACAACCGAGUAUGAAGUCGGCGAUCAGUUCGUGCUAGCGCCCAACCCGUCGUUCCAAGACGAUACAUGCAUCCAGAUGUCUACGCCGCCAAAGCUGGGCCUUCCAGCGCAUUCGGAGCCAUAUGAUGCCAAGUUCGACGCCCCGAAAUAUGACAAUCUAUUCGUCACACUGCACGGAAGCUGGGAUGUCUUUCCCUCUGUUGGGUACAAGCUCGUAGCUGUACCGUUCGGCUCCGGAGCAGGCGGCUUUUCUCCGGUGGCGCAGGUCACCAACACUUCGGGAUAUGUGGAUAUACUCUACCCAUACAAUGAAGGAAACUGCUCUUCCGGAAACUGUACGCGGCCUACGAGCAUAGUCUUCGACGCAGCUGGGCGCCUGUACCUGACGAGCGAUACUUCUGGGGAAGUAUUCGUCCUCAAAGGUCCCGAGUAACGCCUCUCACCCAUAUCGCUCCGAUAGCAAACUACCUUGUAACCUCGGAUGGAUCUACAGCAGGGACCGGGGGAAAGCAGGCUGAAUCUAGCUAGCACUCUGGGUGUCCACGUAUGUCUAGCACGCUUCCCGUGUAGUGUUCCAUCACAGUCCAUCUGUGUGGGGGAUCAAAUGAAAUAAGUUAGUAUGUCUUUCGACGAGGAAGAGCAUAAGUAUUAAUUGGCAGAUGAGGUUGAAUCUUGUGAUGGGGUUGUUUCGACGAACGUUCGCUGCUCGAGUUUCAUGUACUUGCCAAUUGUGGAGGCCUCGA